GUUACGCUGGCCUUUGCAGGCAGUGCAAGAAACUGAUCAAUCUGGCUGCAGCACAGAAAAGCGAUACGUUCCUCAUUGUUUGUGUGACGAUAGCGGUGUUGAGGCUUUGCACGCCGAUAAACGCUGCCCGCAACAAUUUCCUCCGUCAUGAUGACGCCUUACCGAAGGGAUGCUCCUGGACCGGUGCAGUACUGGAAGUUUCGCAGGAGAAAAAGUCCGACGAGCUGCAGUGUAAAAUCAAAACUAUAACCAAGACAGAGAGUCUGCUGACUAAUAUAAGUAGUUAUCAAAUUGAUAGGAUUAAAUCGCUGAAACUAGAAUGUAACGACAUAAUGUUCUUUGAAAGUUCCUUAGAAUCGACAACAACGCCUGGCAACUUUUUGGGAAAUUUGAAUGGUUUGCUGCGGCUGUCGAUAGAUUAUUGCAAAAUUAAAUAUAUUCCAGCGAUGGCUUUCUCCAACAUGAAGGUACUGAAGAGCCUUUCGCUCAGCACUCACAAUGUGGAUUGGUCUGUGAUGAACCUGGAACUGCAUCCGGACAGUUUCCGAGGCUUGACUGAGCUCAAAGAGAUCCACCUGGCCGAUAAUAACAUAUGGAGCCUACCGAAUGAGGUUUUUUGCCCCCUGUACACACUGAAGGUGCUCAAUCUGACCGGAAACAGACUAAGUGAUAUUUCCCAGCUGGGACUGUCCGACUGGGGCAAAGGGCCAAUUGCACCUGGCAAGGCUUGUAACACUGGAUUGGAGGUUCUAGAUUUGUCAGGAAAUGACAUUACCUUGAUGGCAGAUAAUGGGCUAUCGGCGUUGAGAUCACUGAAUGCGUUAUAUUUGCAGGACAAUUUAUUGAAGGAAAUAGCGGACCGCGCUUUUGUCGGUCUUGGCACACUGGAGAUCCUCAAUCUCUCGAACAACAAGCUGACAGCUCUAACGCCGGAAUUGUUUCUGUCGUCAAGAAAAAUUAGACAAGUUCAUUUGCAAAACAAUUCACUUUCGGUUCUAGCGCCGGGUGUUUUUGAAGGACUCGAUAGGCUGGAAUCAUUGGACAUUUCCCGAAAUCAGCUAACUUCGACGUGGGUCAAAAGAGAUACAUUUGCCGGUCAGGUGCGCCUGGUGGUGCUAAAUCUUGGCUACAACCAUCUUUCGAAGGUGGAUCAGCAUGUGUUUAAGGGCUUGUACAGUUUACAGAUUUUGAAUUUGGAGCACAACGUCAUUGAACUUAUCGCCGAUGGCGCGUUCAGCGAUUUGAAAAACCUUCAUGCCCUCUUUCUAUCGCACAACCGGUUGCGUCAGAUUGAGCCGUACCAUUUCAGCGAGCUGUACGUCCUCAAUCAGCUCAUACUGGAAUCGAACCAGAUUGCAUACAUUCACGAGCGUGCCUUCGAAAAUUUGACCCACCUGCACGAUCUCAGUCUGAACGAUAACCGGCUGGAGGAAAUUCCCUCCGGCAUGAAAAAUUUGAAAUUCCUGCAAUCGUUGGACCUGGGCAAAAACCAGAUUACGGAAAUUAAUAAUUCUUCCUUCGAGGGAUUGGAGGAAUUGAUGGGACUACGGCUGGUGGACAAUCAGAUAACGGAGAUUUCCCGGGAUACCUUUUUCGCGUUGUCCACCAUUCGUGUGCUGAAUUUGGCCAGCAAUAGGAUACGCCACGUGGACCAGUCCGCGUUCAGCUCUAAUCCCACACUGCGCGCCAUACGACUUGAUAGCAACGAGCUGGAGGAUGUGGCGGGCGUUUUCACCUCCCUCACGUCGCUGGUGUAUCUGAAUAUUUCCGACAACAACAUCGGAUGGUUCGAUUAUUCACACUACCCACAGUCCCUCGAGUGGUUGGAUAUACACAAGAAUAAUAUCUCCGAGCUGGGCAAUCGAUACGACGUGGGGAACUGGUUUCAGCUGAAAAUGUUGGAUGUUUCGCACAAUCGCAUCAAACACAUCAACUCGAGCUCGUUCCCCAAAAACAUCGAAACACUGCUACUAAAUAACAAUCUGAUUGAGGAGAUUACCCCGGAGACUUUUACCAACAAGGAGAACCUGGUGAAGGUGGUACUGUACGGUAAUCACUUGCGUCGGCUGGAAAUGUCCUCCCUGGCGCUGACGCUCGUUCCGGAUACUCGAACAAUGCCGGAGUUUUACAUCGGCGAUAAUUUAGUGCACUGUGACUGCAGCAUGGAAUGGUUACAACGUAUCAACGAGUUGAGUUAUCUUCGGCAGUACCCGCAGGUGAAGGAUUUAGAUUCGGUCAUGUGUACGAUGGAGCACAAACGUGGAGAGCUGGUACGGCCGCUGAUGGAAAUGAAGGCCAGUGAGUUUCUAUGCAAAUACGAGAGCCAUUGUUUUGCUACGUGCCAUUGCUGUGAUUUUGAUGCAUGUGACUGCAAGAUGACAUGUCCGGAUCGAUGCAAUUGCUACCAUGACACGGCAUGGGAAUCGAACAUCGUGGACUGUGGCAGUGCCGGGCUCACAUCCGUUCCGGCGAAAAUCCCUAUGGAUGCCACCGAUAUCUAUCUGGAUGGGAACAACUUUGGUCAGCUGGAAAGCCAUGUUUUCAUUGGCAAAAAGAAGCUCAAGUCACUGUAUCUGAACAACAGUCACAUUGCUGCGGUGAAUAAUAAGACCUUCGGGGGCAUUCCGGCUCUCACCGUGCUGCAUUUGGAGCACAACGGGCUGCAGGAGAUCGGUGGAGCCGAGUUUGAGUCGUUACGGGAAUUGAAGGAGCUCUAUCUGGAGCAUAAUGCCAUCAGCUCGAUCGGAAACAAAUCGUUCUAUUAUCAGAAAGCAUUAGAAGUGCUCACGAUUAGUGAUAAUAAACUCGGUGAAUUGAAGCCCUGGGAGGUGAUGCCACUAGGCGGCACGUUCCGGCUAAUCUCGUUAAGUGGCAAUAAACUGGGUUGUGCUUGUGAGUCGCUGGGCAAGCUGAUGGAGUGGGCCGAACGCCAAUUCAACGACACGAAUGGGCUAAGUGAAUUCCAGUGUUCGAAUAAUAAAUUACUAAAGGACGCGAUAAAGGAAUGUGAAAGCCAUAAGAGCGCCCCGAUUGCGACGCCGACAGUGCAAAGGACGAUUAUCGAUAAUGAUUUUAUAGACUAUUUGCCACUGUUGAUUGCCGUGCUAGCCGGUCUAGUGCUCACAAUUCUGAUAGUGACGCUGGUAUUCAUCUUCCGAAAUGACGUUUGCCUGUGGGCACACUCCCGGUACGGGGUGCGAAUCUGCAAGGACCCCCUGAGUGCGAUGGAGCGGUGCGAAGAUAAUGAGAAGCUGUACGAUGGCUAUCUUAUAUACAGUGCAGCCGAUGCCGAUACGGUAACUAGUCAGAUUGCACAAGAACUGGAACACAAUGGUUAUGCGCUCUGUCUCCACUAUCGGGACAUUCAUUCGGCAGCUUUCCUAUCGGACUCGCUGCAAAGUGCAGCGGAUGCCUCCCGUAAGCUAAUAUUAUUUUUUAGUGUUAAAUUCAUGCAACACGAGUGGUCUCAGCCGGAAUUCCGAGCAGGACUGCAGGCCGUACUCGAGUUAAUUAGGCCAUCUCGAAGAAAACAAAAACUUAUUCUAAUCACAUCGGUUCCACACUCGAUGCUUGCCAUGGAUCCUAUUAUGGACAUUCUCACGCGGACUUGCACCGUUAUCUCGUGGGACGACCGCCGUUUCUGGGACAAGCUUCGCUUUUCCAUGCCGGACAUCGGCAAAAAUUCCCCUGUAAAUAAAGCUCCUCAUCGUAAAGCCAUCAACAUCCGGUACACACCUGCCCCAACCAAUCCUACGGCACCGAUUGCCACGUGGCCAAAGCGGCUUAACUCGGAGGUAUGCGUUCAAUAUCCUCCCCAGCCGCCUCGUUCUCCGAACCACAGUACUUACAACACCGAAGACGACCAUUCGAGUGCUUCCUCGCCGCAGUACGAAGCGCCAUCACUUCAUCACGCAGGAGGUCACGCAAUGGCCACCACCCCUUUUCACCAGCACCACCAUCAUCACAACCACCCGGUAGCAAUGCCUCAUCCAUCGGCGCCACAUCACAUUCCAUUGCAGUCUACGCAGGCCAACCAAUCGCCACACCUGCAAACCUAUCCUCAUCCUAUGCAUAACCAUGGCGGUGCCAACAAUAUGGGAGCUCCCGUGGGGUACUACCGCGCCAGUAAGUCCAACAGCGGCACCAAUACUAUGGGCCACGUAUACUCCACCAUUCCGGAGCCGCAGUACAACACGCAUCACCCCAACAGUCGCAACGAUAGUAAUCGACCGUACUUUGUGUAAUAUUUACUCUACUUUUAGCCCGUUUUAAGAAAUCUACUUUUUCGAGCUCUCUUUCUCUCUCUGUCCGUCAUACAUAGGUACUCAUUUACUCAUUCGUACUCGCUUCAAAUAGACCUAUCUAAAAAUUAAAAAAAUGUGUAUAAAAAUUGUUUACUAUUAGUAGGCUAGGACAAACAAUAACGAAACAAGGAAAGACUUAUUUGACUAGAAAAACACACACUCUCGCCAUCUUAAUCUCUCUUUCUCACAAGCCUUCCACCAUCCUAGUCACACGCCAAUUCGUGAAAUCAUUUGCUUAUAGCCCACAUCUGAUCCGGAACUGCAUUUCGUAAUGCGUUUUCACAUCAUAAUCGGACUGAUUGUUGAUUUGUUUUAAUUGAAAGUGAUCGUCUUUUCGUGCUCGAACUUUUAUGCUGCUGGGAAGGGGGUUGCCGUUUUUCAUCAAGCGAGAGCCUAUGUCUCACGAUUUGACAGCUCAGCAGGAGUGCCAGAUUUUCGCUUUUCUCUCUGCAUAAGAUCGUUCAAAGGUUAUGAGGUAACAAACGUUAUAUGGUGAGUCUGUGACAGAAAUUCUGCAUAAAACAAAUUUGUCUGUAUAUCUGGCAUCCUCGUGAAGCAGUACGAUUGCCAGAAUCGGUUCUAGUGAUAGAGUAAGUUUUGUUUGCCGUUUUAAUUAUCACUCAAAAUGUAGAGAUGGGGAGGAAAACUUAAACUGUAAAAGCCCUUUUGUUACACUCUAAAAACCUGUAAAAAACCACAUAUUUUACUAGACUUUUGACGUUCUGAUUUCUCAGAGUGCAUACAUUCGACUGCGCUGUCGAUGCGCGAUAUGGUCGCGUUCCGCACGCACAAAGCCUAACAUUAUGCCGGUGUCUGUCUGUCGGUCGGUCCGGCGCAGCUCAAGUUAUUAUUUAUUUACAUUUAUCUGCCGUAAACAUCAACAACAACUUGCUGCCUGCUGGCAGGCCGGAAAGCGCUCUCACUUGCCUCACUGAUUGGGCGGUGUUCUUUAUCUUUUGCGCUGAAACUGUAAGUUUCCAAAUGAAGCGAUCGGAUGGGACAGCGAGCGGCGGCAAUGAAAUUCGUACCGAAUCACAAUGACUGCUGUUGUAAGACAACGGUUUUUUUGACAGGUUGCAUGACAGUUCAUAUGUAAUGCAGGCUUCAAACGUCAUGUGAUUUUUGUUGUUAUUGGUGUCCGACCUUGGACUGGAAAGCACCAGCGAUAAGAACAUUGUUCGCUGGACCCGUUGUUAUGCAAUUUGACUCGGGCGCUAUCGGAUGUGACACUGGCAGCUAACCAUUUUCGUUUGAUGAAUUGGUCAUUGUUGGACAAUGGGUCGUAUGCAUGUUUUUUGUAGCGGUGGAAGCGAAAUAAACGCGCUUGUUUUGGGUGCGGUUAAAUGAAAUGAAAUGUCAAUUGAUUGCGAACAAUUGAUUGCUGUUUGUUUCUUCUAGAGUUAUUUCGUGUGUGGCCAUCAUCAGUUAAGUAUAAGUAGAGUGUUGACACGAAAUAGAUUCGAAUCUCAUAUCAGGUGCGAUAUAUCUUUAAUUAGAUAUUUUUCUCCUCGAAGAAAGAUGCACUGUCGUUAUGCAAUGUUAUGGUAUAAUUUACAGCAAUCAAGCAGAUGAAAAACUACUUUUGAGCGAUGAAAACCCAGCUGAAUAACAGCUUGAUAAGCAAUAAUUCAAUGAAUGUGUUUGCCGUUUAUUUCAUAUAUUGAAAUGGACAAUACGAAUUAUCAUCAUCAGAGGGUUAAUAAAUCUGUAGAAAAAAACUUGCUUGCUACAAGUGAUAAGUAAUGGGCAGUGCUAUUUUAUUAUUUAAACCUUUCGAGCCUUAUACUCGUAUAUUGAACUCAUAUUUUUUCAGUCAUACCAGUAUUGUAAAUUAUCAGUUGGUAUUCACAAAAUUGACACUUUUCUAAUGUAGAUCCAUUUCUCUGCUACUUAUAUUUAUUUCGAUGAAAAGAAGUUUUUAACAGGAAAUCCUCAAAAUUAUCCAAUUCGACUACAAAUAAUUUGUUUGUGCAGCAUCCAAUUUAUUCCAAUUCGAGUUUCGAACAGGAGAUUGUCACUUCUCCGGGUGUCAGCUACGACGUUUGGCGUUUUUGGCGACGUAAUUAUUUUCAGCUUGUUCGGGAAAGUGCAAAACAAGAUCAGAAAAACGGCAAUCAAUUUUACGAUUUGUGUUUUGGUACUACAUAUUUAAAUUUAAUUGCCGAAAUUUUAAUAACUGUGAAAUUCAAUGUAUUUUUUACAGUAUUUUUGAAGAUUACAUCCAAUAAGUGCGUCACGCAAGUUUUGAUCGAAAUUAUCCCCGCUUCUCGUGUCACGUUUUGUCACAACCCGAUCAGAAGAGUAAACUAAAAAAUUACAAAAUUCUAUCAACGCGAGAUACGAAUAACAUAUUUUGAUACAAUUUUGUAUUUUUCCAUGUAAUUUUGAUAAUAAAAUUAAAUCUGAAUGAGUUAUAAUAACAAAACCUGACAUUAAGUAGUUCUGAAACAAGUCUUACUAAUUUUUCGUUUUUAUCGAAACCUGUUGUUUCUAACAAUGUUUAGUUUUAUAUUGUUCUAUAUACUAUCUUAUUUUGUUAGAAAACUGAUACAUUAGUAACAAACUUUGAUGUGUGUUUGAUACUAGUAGAAUCAUUUCUGCUAUAAUUUCUGUUAUUUUAACACCUAACGGGAUCAAAUUGAAAAAACACAGCCCGUAAGGUUUUUCCCGUAACAAACUAACAGCUUCUGUUACAUUUUUGUGUUUUCUUUUUGAUCGGGAAGUGAACGCCCACUCCUCGGGGAAGUACGUCACGUCACAGUAAUCCUUUAUUUUAUCCAUGACUGCUGAUGUUAAUUAAUGGCUUUCUUGAAGUAGGUCGAAUUUUUUGCAUAUUUUUGCCUGUGCGAGCUCAAUUUUCUCUGAUUAUGAGCAUUUUUCUUCAGUUUUUCGAGCGUUUGCAGAUAUUUUCCAAAAAUAUGUGACAUCUUUGUCAACAAGAGACAUGUGUAUUCGAAGUGAUGUUAGCCCCUAACGAAGCAAAGCAAGUUAGAUAAGGUUGCUGUACAUCCAAAUACAUUAAAAAAUUAAUACCUUUUAUCGAAAACAUUAAAUAAACAUAUAUUUCCAAAUAAGUUUCUAUUUUAAAGCAUACUCCAUGUGACGCCACUUCAUGCUCCGAUAAAUUUUGUAUAGGCGGCAAUUUGUUUUUCUAAGUAGUCUUCUUCUAAGUCGAUACAUUCGAUUCAGUGAUGCUCCAACUUCUUGAGCCCAUCUAUUCUUGUUCCAGUUGAAAACCGAAAUAAUUAUGUGCCCCUUUAUAUUUUACUACUGUAAAGUCGAAAGGAUUUCACUAAAGAUUUCGAAAUAAGUUCUUUAUUUUAAACGCGACCAGUAGACUGGGAAACGGUUAUAUGGGAAAAAGGCGAUAGUGAGAAGAACUUUUUCUAUAAGCAUCGUAGCGCGUUACGGUCUUUAGAAGAGUUUUUUCCAGGGAUAUUUCCUGCAAAUAUGAUAUAUUUUUAGGAUCCAAAUGGACAUCUCUAGAGAAUAAGUUUUGAAAAAAUGGAUUUUCCCAGAUAAAAUUGUAUGAAAACUUCAAAAAUCGGGCGCAAAAAUAUAGUAACACCGACCAAUCUGAAAAUUUACACAGUUGUUAUAGGACCCAUAACAAACAGCAAAAGUGCAUGGGAGUUAACAUUUAUUUUUUGUCCCAUCCUAGCGAUCAGUCGCAACGGUUGUUAGCACAAAAGUGACGCUAGCGUAUCUAUUCUUGUUACUUUCCAGAAGUUUUUGGUGCUAAAAUCAUCGUUCAUAGUUCAGAAGUGUUGCUAGAUAAAUGGGAGGAAUUAUGGAGGGAUGAUGGGAUUUUCACAUUCUGUAGGAGAUAUAACUUUGCAUAACUUCGUAACAAUAGAUGAACUCAACAACUUUGUUCUGAAAAACAUCGGGAAAACAUCCAAACAUAUUGUCCCACCUCGUAAGAAACAAUGGAACAAAAUUAUAUGAAAACGCGUUUUUCUCGGCUUGCUGAAAGUGCAAAUGGGACUGACCAGCUAUGCGCGGUGGUAUACACAACAUCAAUUUUGGUCAUAUUGGACAGUUACCCGCGUCCUAUUCGGAGUUAGUAAACGGAAUUCGAAGUUCUUCAGCGUGAUAAAUGUUUUUUAGUUUCUCAAUUAUUUCCGCUUUGACCAAAACACUCCAAAAAAAUACACGGAAAUCUUUAUAGUUGGUGGAACAGUCCAUGCGUAGGAACCUUUCAGCUCCAUAGAACGGCAUACACUCUUCAGUCCGAAAUCUUCAUCUUUUCGAACCGAUUGGCAAGCCCGUUCGAUGUCGUUCAAUCACCUUCCGGGCAUACAUGAAUCCCAAGCACUUGUUCAACAGUCUUAUCCCCUUUUCACGGACUGCAAAGCCUAGAAGCUCGAUUUUAGUAAAGCAGAACUGACAUUACUUCAUCUUAACUUCUAAUCGGAAUUCCGCCAAACGUCGUAGAACACGACAUUCGUCGCUCAUUGGACUUUUUAGUUUUUAAGACAAUCGGAAAAGAACACGGGGAAUUGCUCGGUCGAAUAAUGCCCGCGUAUAGCAGAUCUUCAAUUAGGUUAUCACCUUCAACUCUGUCGGAAUACGAUAACCGUUUCGAACCGUUUGGUGUAUCGAAAGUCAGCCUAUUUUCGUGUGAAAGUCAUCGCUCAUAGCUUGACAGUUUGGAAGUGUUGCAAGCUGAAUGGAAGGAACGGAAUAAACGGAGUUUCACGCAUAGAGAUAUAGUCGGAAUAACGAAAUUGUUUACACUAAUUGUUUAAACUACCAAAAAAAGGGAAAAUAACACUACACUUCCUUUUUGUGAUGAGCAUAAUGUCGCAUUUAGUGCGAUGUUUUGACAUCAGAUGCGCUGUACAGCGCACAAAAUGCGAUAUUAUGCGCACUGUGAAUAAGGUAUAAAAAUCGAAAGCCGCGAGUCGUUUAUUUGAAUUUUCAGCUGGAACGGUAAUAUAAUAGACGUUUUCAGCAUUUUAGAGCCUUUCUCAUGAUAGUCGAUAAUCACACCAUGUGAAUCCCAGAAAACGGUGGCCAUCACUCAUCCGACCGAUGAGACAGUCUUUGCCGUUCUUGGAGCAAGUUUGCCGGGUAAAGUAUACUGGUUCGACUGUUUCUUGGUCUCUGGUGUGUACCAGUAAAUACUUUUUUCGCCGACGGUGUAAAUACGACGCAGAAACUCCUUCGGAUUGCAUUAAAAUAACGUCGACAGUGAGCAAACGCAGCACCCAUCUCAUGCCCAAAACUUUAUGCAGGAUAUGACCUAGACGGUCUUUUGAGAUCCUGUUGACUCAGCGAUCUUGCGCACCUUCAAUCGGCGGUCAUCCAAUACGAAAUCUUGGAUUUUUGUCACGUUCUCUCGGGGUACCUGGACGCGGCUAUACAAAAAAUGGCCGUGCGAAUGCAUUAAAACUCGAUAAACCACUUUAAACCGAAGGAGAGUACACUGCAUCCAAACGUUCUUUAAUUUCGUUACACGACUCGACUUCCAAUAAUAAGAAUCGAUUCACAGAUCGAUAUUGAUCUUUUUACAUUUUUGUUGUACUUGAGGACGCGCUCACUUCCACGCGCGAUGCUUGUAUCCACGAUAAUCCGGACAUCAAAAAGUGAAAUAACGCACUCAAAAAGCUUACAUGACUUAUAACUAUGGAGUAUGGUUUACUAAUUCACGUGUUCAAAACAUCAUUGUUCUCCAUUGAUGUAAAAAUCUCGUACCUUGUAGUCUCCUAGGUGAUCUUGCUGAAUCUAGAUUUGGUGAAAAUUGUGUCAUCAUUCUUUUCUACUUUUUUGCGGAAAGCGUCCGCUUCACCAUAGCCCAACAUUUUUCGAUUGCCCGCAGCUGUAAACAAUUGUGGAAGGAUUAGCGGUUUUUGGUACAAUAUUUACUUUAAUGGCUUCGUGCCAUUUCAUCACGGAAACAGUUUAUGCUAUAUGCGUCCACACGACAUGAUGCCAAAUCAUUUUGAAAUAAAAGAUUAACAUCAUAACUCUUCAAGAAAUGCAGCAAUCGUUUUUGUAAACACUCCUUCUGAUAAAUUUCAUUGUUGAUUGUGCCUGUGAUUAUGAAAGAUGAGCCACAGGUACAAACUAGGUAUUUCUUGGGGAAUUUAGUCAUGUACUUUGUCCUUCAGUACCAUUUCUGGCCAUUGGAGUGUAAAAAGCAAGUUCUGCUUAUUACCUACUUCCUACUUAUUAUUCUACUUCCUCGACUUUGUAGGACUUCAAACCGGAAUGCUUUUUUGAUUUCUGAACGAAUCUUGGUUACAUUCCUACUCUUCGAGCCACAGUUUCUUUUUCUCUCCAGAAUCUUCUCCACCUUUCUGUUCAUAGAACUAUCCGCACUUGGUUUCCUUUCGACACUCGAACGUUUAGAGAAUCUUUUCAACACAUCAUAGAAUGUAGUUUUGGGCAAAUUAAGCUUUUUGCGAGUUCACGUAUCGAGAAAAUCCGAUACGAAUUUCCGAUACGACUGACAAGAUCCGUUUGCGCACGGCUUUUUCGUUCGUCGACAUUUUGAGCACUGUUCAUGAAAUGCCAAAACAAAUCAAAGUAGGCGAACGCGUAAACACUUAGCUAUGUUUGACUGAAAAGAGUUGCUCAAAGCUUGAGUACUCAUUGCAAGAGUUACACCGCAGACAGACGUCCAAGCUGAGUUCCAAACUUGUGUAAAGUUUUUUGUAGUAGCGAUCCGUAACCAGAUAGCGCUACCAGUACCGCCAGCCUCGUACACUAGCGAAAAAAAUGUAUUGUAGCGAUAAGGUCACCAGGCAGCGCUAGUAUGCAAGUGAUUUAUAACGCAAUUUACUUUGAAAAUUUACACGGAAAUUUUGAUCAAUGUUGUUCUUGCUUGGACGUCUGUCUGUGGUUACACCGAUUCAAAGGUGUCCGGUUAGUUGCGGAUACAAACCUGACGGGAAUGUAAUACGCGAUAAUAAAUAUUUCUUGCAAUAGUGGCAUAUUUAGGCGGUGAGGUAAAGUACUUAACGGACCGCCCUCGUAUUUUGCUCACAUUAUUGGCAGAUUUCGACCAGCUCUUGUGAAUUUUUGCUGAUGUGAAUCAAGCGUUUAUGUAAUACAAAAUAGGGGCUGUCUGUGUUUAUGUUAGUUUCAACGACUUUGGCAGGGUGUGGCGGAGCGUCGUCAUGCAGAAGAAAUAUUUUGUUUCAACGAUUCGUAAUAAAUAACACCGAUCAGGUCUCACCAAAUACACAGCAUGACUGUCGAAGCGCGUACAUUCGGCCAAACCGAUGAUCUCCAUGACUCUAUUUGCUUUGGAUUGCUGUAAUGAAUCUAUUUUUGAACACCCGUUCAUAGCAUCGUAUGAAGAAAACACUUCUUUUUUUACGACGCUGGAACAGUUAUUCACAGGCAAAAAAAAUUAAGCCGAACAUCCUUUUGGAUUCGAGCCGUUUUUUUAAUUUUCAUUUAAAAAUUGAAGCACAACGAUAAAAAUUUUAAAAUUUUUUUUUGUCAAGCUCAAUCAUAAUUAAUUCAAAGACUUACGGAGUUACGAUGAACAGAUAAAUACCUUGAUCUAGAUUGGGCAUUCCAGCAAAAGUCAGGGCAAAUUGCAACGCAAAGCGCACUCAGCCUAAUAGGCCAACUCAUAAUCAAAUCAUACAUUCCUGCUGAACCUCGGUUACAGUUGAAAAUGAGCCAGGUACAGAUUAAAAUUUCCUACCACUUCCAUACGGUUGUCAUUUGUUGCGCGUCCCACGAACCAUUCCGCUGGCCUCGAUAUAGGCUCCGGGCGCAAUACCGCAAACCAGUUUGUCUUUUUUUCCGUCGUCAUUCUGUCCGCACACCACCAACCAACCGCCGAGAGAUCUAAUAGUCUUUCCCGAACUUUCCUCAUUUCCUUUCCACCACAGCGAAACCGAGGCGAUGUAGCUGCCAAGAGCCACAAUGCCGGUUGGUCGGCCGGUGGUCGGUAAUCUGCCCCAUCGGGAGCGUCACGUCUUUCGAGAUCAAGAUCAGCACUUUGCUGCGGGAUGAUGCGGUGUCUUCCCAAUCCCGAGUCUCCUUGGGGAGUGAGUGAGCGAAACCGCAACGAAAGCAGGGAACACUAGCUUAAGUCACCGCACCGCACCGCGCUUUGUUUCCUAGCGCGGGGGAAGGCUCCGAUGCUUCUGCUGCGGUGCCAUUUCUCCAGCGCGCUCUGCCAGUGGGAAUGUCUUUUAUCGUGGCUAUAGUUGGGGUAUAAGUGGUUAGCUCAUCUAUGAAAACCGUUUGAGAUUUAUUUAGUUUUACAAUUAGUCAUUGAUUAUUUUAAAUGGAUGGUGGUUUGUUGGAUCAACCACUACGGAAUGUGGUAAAUUCUACAGUUUUUGAUCAACAAUUUUUCUGGAACAGCUUUUGUGCGGGAUGAUCUUUAUUACAGCAGAAAGUUCGAAGUGAUAAAACAGUGUUUUGAGCAUCGUGAUUACAAUUUAACAGUUCACCUAUGAAACGACAUUGUGCUUCUGCAUCGCAAAAUCGCUACAAAGAAUCGACGAUUGUCGACGAGCACAGACUGCCUGGCGUGGAAUGUUCUACGGUGGCCUAUAAAAAGCCACAUUAUUUGCGUUGUUUGGUUCGAAAUUAAAAGCGACUUCGUCGUGCCGUUUAUUUUUAGCGCUGACCUGUUUUGCCACUGUCGGAGGGUGUCGCUUUAUUUUCGGGCACCGGCGAUGAUUUCCGCUAGAUUAGUCGCAAAAAGGUAUACGCACCUCUGAGGCACCAGGCACUAACUAACGCACGAGCCGAUAAACAAUUUUCAGUCCAUUAAUUUCGUCACCAAGGAAAAGAAUAGAAAAAAAAAACUCUCGAGUGCAAAUGCUUGGAACAGCUACCAGCACAACUAAAGCUGUUGCCACUAACAGGUCACGUAGCUAGAGGAAACUUUUUUUUACUGUAUUUCGUGACGUCCUUUUACUAGAACAAAAAACCUUAUCCACAAAUUUUAGUUACGUGACAUUAUCACGAGUCGGUUUGAAGGUACGUUUAGCCUGAUUGGUUAGGUCCUUGUUGCGACAAAGACGCCGGAAACGGUUUUAUUUUCCUAAAUAAAACACAAUGCGACUGUGCGUUGGGAAGGUCCAACUCGUGGGCAAUCCUGUCUGGAGUAGGGCAAAGAUUAAUGACCUUUGAUAAUUUAUCGUUAAAAGGCUAUGAUGUUUCCUUUCGGGGCAGUAAAAAUGGGCUGAGUUCUGCUUAGAGCGUGGCUAAAAGUGACGAAUCAGCAAAUUAGGUGCGAACUUGAUUGCAAACCGCAAAACAAAAUCGAAAAACGCAGAUAAUUGAGGAAAAAUUCCGCGACCUCGAGUAACUGCUUAAUCAACAUUCCACUGCCUGACCAGACCGUUUGCUGCGGCGGGGCUCAGGUCAUAAUGCAAUUUCCGCGAUUUAUUUUCUCGGAGACUAUUGCCGCCUUGUAGGCCGCUGCAGACCGGAGCCAGUAGACCUCAGGUGUUGAUUUGAAUCAUUACCAGCCAUUAUUCAACUUGCGAACUGGUUAGCGAGGCGGGCCAUACAAGGUGACGAUUGUGCAGUCCCGGCCGGGAGCAGCACAGAAGCUGCUCAGCCCAUGGCAAUCGCGUAUGCAUGCAGCCUGGCCUGAUGGUGCGCGGUUUUUCACUAGUUCCGAAUCGCUCCAAUUUGUUUAUCCAAUCGCGGCUUCACUGCGCGACAGGAGCGUUGGAUACGUGUGUAUACUGCCGGGGGCCACAUAGGCGGCGCUACCAGCUGCUAUCGUGAGAAUACCGGUCCCCGGGUGCGUACAUGCGAAUCUGAUUGAUGAUUUAGUAUUUGCUUUAUUAAUUGCUGUUGCUUUCUUGCGGGUACAAAAUAGUGAUUUGGUGUGUUUUUACGCGCGUAUGCGUAUAUGGAUGAAAAUUCAUCGCAUGCCUGCGGGAAAUAAAUACUCGCGCGUAAGCCAACCAACCAACCGUUGCCGCCGCAGGGUCCCCGAACACCCGCACGAGAAUGCACGGCUGCAUGGCUGCGGGCUCUAGUCGUUGUUUUCCUAUCGAGAGAGGAAAAUUAAAUAUGUUAUUCUAAAAUUACUGCCAAGCCGGUUUGACUUGGUUCAUUCCGGCAGCAUAACUGCGAAGGUUGGGCUAGGUUUGAGUGGUCAUAAAUUUCUGUUUGGUAAAGUACGAAUGGUGAAUUGGGCAAUUUAUUUUAUCUUGCAUUGGGAAGGUGUGUAUGAAAACCUGGUUGAACUGAAUGAUAUUUUUUAAAUUUGUUUUAUUAUACUGCUUUCAACCGAAAUAAUAAACUUUCUGUCUUUUUUUUUCUCUUGAAAUGAUAUACGAUAUUCAAAUGGUCUUAGCAUUCUAAUAACAACGGACGCACAAUUGCAAAUUAUGCACAUAAAUUCAAAAAUAUCUAGCGUACACACUAGUCGACGAACGCAAUGAAAUCGGUCGGUGGUACCACCGGUAAUAAAAUGUCAACUGUCGUCUUUUACUGCGCUUCUCCGAAAAAGGUGCUGUUUAUACUCUCUAUCAGCCAAUAACGUCAAUUCGCUUUUCGCUGCCAAGUUUGUAAGUGAAUAAAGAUUGAAUUUGCAACUGGUUUGAAAUCAAGUGAACAUUUGCUUAGCUCACCUUUAGAGCGUGCUCAAGAACCGUGAUUUCUAUUUUCGCCAUUAACAUUUGAAGGUGGGGUCAAUGAACGAAUCUUGAUAAUAAUAUUUUAGAGACUGAAUUACUGCGACUAAGCAAAACAUGUUGAAACUCUAAGUGUGUUGUAGUAAUCUUAUCGCUAUCUGAGGUGUUAAGGGCCUAAUUAGAUUGUACAUUUAACUCAAUUUGGUACCGAACUGGAGACGAAACCUUUGGGUUCCAGAUAAACGAAGUUUGAAUAAUGAUUUCACUUAAGCUUAAUUUUCGUAUUUCAGAGAAAUAUUCAAGGCUACCAAUAAUGUAAUACUGGAUGAUUCUGAUUCUAACAAAUAGUAAACAGACGUCAUGACGCAGCGAGUGACAAAAAAUGCAUUUGAUUACUACUGUUUCAUGGAUGGGGAUCUUAUGAAGAGUAGGUGACAUUGGAUGUCAUCCAUACAGACUAACAUAGAGUCGAGCCAUUUCAGCGGCACAAGGUUCAAAACUUCUAGUGUCAAUACUCUAUCCGCUAGGUAAUACUUCAAGUAUAACCUUGAAUCUAUUGAUGAUAUUUUUAUCCACUCCAGUUAUUUUUGUGUCAGAGAAAAAUGAACGCAAUUUAUUGUCGUCUUUUGUAUUACCAACUCUAGCUUUCGGAACAUAUACAAAUUCUUUUUCAAGUGCUUGCUGAAUUUUGAGCUUGUUUUGUUGCUAGUUGCUAUCAACUAGUUCUAACUUACCAUUUCUUUUGUAUUUUUGGAUUCCCGGAUAAACCUCAUAGGAUGGCAGAAUAUUGAAGAUGACGGAACCGAAUUUUCCAAACAAUUUUUUGUGAUCAUUCAUGUUGCUUGUUGAUCUUAGAGAAAAGAAACGAGCUGAUGAAAACCUAAGAAUCAGAAUCUGUCUGGCUUUAAAAUUUUUGGUUUUAUUAAACCUGUUGAAAUCCAUCCAUCGCCCUCACUCGCCGAAUAACCUCAAACUUUGUUUUUUUUUACUUCAUAGAAAUAUUUUCACAUAUGAGACAUUGUAUGGUACAUUGACGACUGUAACUUAACCUCUGCAGAGAUAUCUGUCACUAGAAAUGCCUUGUUCUUGAGUAUACCAAACUCGUUUUGCGUUCUCCAGGAGUGAAUAACAAGGGUAGACAUCUUUGUUAGCUGAAUAGAUUACUGUACUUCUUUUUUUUACAGAUUAGCCAAUGCUCUUUUGCCAGAAUUAAAUACUGCAGUUUUUAAAUCAUUCGUUUGAGAAGGAUCGUCAGAAUCGAUCCUAAACAAUGUUGCUAACCGCAGUACUCCCAGCAAAUUUUUGAGACAUCUGUAGUACUGCACAACUUUACUCAUCCAAUGGUGCAUUUUACCUACGCUUUUGCGUUUUGCGCCUCUUGCUUCGAUCAUUGCAAUAAGAAAAUCGUUUGCAUAGACGACCGGAAUGCGAAGCCACUUUCGAACUCGAAAUUUUUUUGGUUAAGUUCGUUCAAUGUUGAUUGGCAGCAAUUUGAGUUGUGACGUUUAUCGAAGCUGUCGAUCUUCAUUCAAAGUAACCUUUGAAGCAACUCAGUUGACAUCUUAGAGAUCGAGUGUUUCUUGGAGUUUUUCCUCCAGAAACGGAAACUUUUUAUUAAUCAAACAUCUAGAGUAUUGCCCAAUUGGUUUUUUUUCCGGAGGACCAAACUAGGUGUUUACCAUCGAUGCACAGCAAAUCGGAACGUCCAAACUUUACAUGGACCGCAACUCUGAAAAACACGUGUUUUGCAAGGCUUUGUUCUGAUGCAUUUUUUUUUCAAGCUAUACAACACAUUACCGGCAUGAAUUUUCUUGGUAUACCUUCAAUUGUUACCGCCCUAUCGAAUUCACAUGCAAGAAUCUUCAGAGUUACAAUAACACCAGUGAAAGUUUAUAUUUUACGUUGAACAGUUUGAGACUUUCCUGCGCUCUUAAUACUACCAAGCUAAUGAUAGCUACAGUCGUUUUUAAACAACACAGAUAAUUUCAAGAUGGCCGGCAUACAAUAUAAUUCCAGAUUUUGCUCAAAGUUGGGAGAAUUAUUCAUCUACUGUCACUUUGGAAAAAUUCCAAAUUUGGUGUCGAUUGGAAUUAGACGUGUGCGCCGACCAUAUCAUCGGCGGCGGCGGCGUAGAAAACAUUUUACCUCGGCGGCGACCGGCGCGCCGGUGUGACGCCGUUGGCUUAUAUCGGCGGCGGCGGCGGCGUGUAUCGGCGUGACACUAAUUACCACUUAUAAUUGCGCAUAAUGUGUGCUAUGAGCUCUUAUUUUCGGUUUUUUGUUAAUUCAACGUUAAUAAAAAAAUAUUGCGUCAGGGUUGACAUGAUGUCAAAACUAGAAAUAAAAAUGGUAAGAAAUCAAGUAAAUAAACAAUUGAGCACCCAGAAAAUAAUAAACCAAGCAGAGAAAGUAAAACAAGUGUAAAUCCCAAAAAAAUUGCAAGGAACACUAUUUCCAAAGACGUUCAGUUUUGAAAAAAAAGACAGAUAGUUUGUCGAUGAGUUCAUUUUGAUUGACCGUAGACCGACUUUGGAAAAUUUCGAUAGAUCUUACGUUAGAGGGUCUUUUUCAACGUCCAUAUAUUUUGUUAGGUUACCCAUGGAAAAACUGAAAAAAUGGGAUACUCAAUUUUCAUUCAAACAGAGUUCUUCGUUAAACUCCACAGAUUCUUCAUUACCACCUGAAAAAUUUUUGUUUGCUCGGAAUAGCGUUGAAAAAAGCAACAAUCACAUGAACUAUGUGAUGUCAUUAUUAUGAAAAUCACCCUUCAAUAUGAUGGGUCGAAGGCGACCCAUUCUGACCGAAAAAUCCGCAAAUAUCACCAUGGUAACGGAAAAUAGCUGAAAGUGUUUUUUUUUCGAUGCCUUAACGUUCAAGCAACAAAGUAAGGAGAAUUCAGCAAAAACAUAGUCGGCCUUCGGCCCACUCGCUGUUCGAGCGAAUGAUGUCCUUACUCGCUUUGAGUUUGAGUAGACCUAGCAAAUUUGUAGAUCAGUCGUUUGUGUGCAAAAGGCCGCGGCUUCCGACGGCGGGUCGGCGGCCGGCACGGACUGUGGAAACCACGGCAGCUUAGUGCCGCCACGUUUCCUUGCCCUCGAUUAUGCGUCUGCGCCGCAUGAUUUGAAAAAAUAUGCCCAACCUAAACUAUUUAGGAAUAUAUUUACGCUUAAACUACAUACGUAGAGUAUAAAAUAUCUGAGUUAAAUAUAGAAUUCAUUGAAUGACGCUUUUGUCAAUCAUCAAGGGUGCAACAUAUUUUUCAAUAGACUCUGCUGCGGAAUAUAUGUUGCAAAUCCGGAACACAUAGUCAUGAUAAUUGGAUCUCAUGCGAUCAUACAAUAUCGUAUUCAGCCUCGCGUCCAUUCGGCCUUGCGUCCAUUCGGCCUCGCGUCCAUUCGGCCUCACGUCCAUUCGGCCUCGCGUCCGUUAUGCCUUAUGGCAGUAUGCCUCGUAUCCAUUAUGCCUCACAUCCAUUAAGCCUUGCGUCUGUAUGCCUAGCAUACAAUGCCUAACAUCCAUAUGCCUAGUGUCCGUAUGUCUCGUGUCCCGUACCCUUCGUAAAUACGUAAAUACAGGGGAGGUACUUAGCGAAGUGUUACACUGCGUGAGGCCACCAUGCAAGAUUGCGUUACGUCGGAGUGAAGGGGUAUUUAUUGCCAAAUUCCGCGUUACUUAAUAUACGAGUGUUCCCUUAUCGGCUGUGAUUUGCGGUAUUUCUAAAAUCUGGAAAAAUUCCAGCAUACACAAUCACUAUCGACGCGGUAAAAAUUUUCUCGGCGGCGCGCUAAAAAUUUCCUCGGCGGCGCGCCGAGUCCAAAUCAUCGGCGGCGGCGGCGUGCGUAAAAGUGUUGGCGGCGGCGGCGCGGCGUGGCGGCGCACAGGACUAAUUGGAAUACCCCCCGCUCUGUGGGACCACCCUGUUUAUUGCAAUGUCACGCAUUUUUUGUUAAAAAUCUCUUUUUUCUUUUUCUCACAAUUCAUAGACGUAAGAUGUCCGGAAAAUACUGAUAGAUGAUUUUUGAAGAAAAUAAACCAAGGAAUCCAGAAAAAAUAUAAGUUUUGACCGAAAGUGUUGCCAGAUAAAUUAUGUUUGUAUUUGAAAACUAAAUUUACAUUUUUCGGCACAUGCAGCCAUUUUUAUUUUAAAUUUGAUAAUUUCAUGUUCCUUGGAAGAUUUCACAUAUGAAACAACUAUCAUCCCGAGGCAAUAUGAGUCAAUCUCGAGAUAUCACAUUUUUACGAAAAACCUAAAUUAAUCCUCCUAGCGGUCAGACUCAGCCUUUCUCAUUCAAACUUAUUAUUUAUAAAAAUAGAUUUACAUGAAUGCUUAAAUCCAAUAAAGGUAUAUUCACUCUUUAGGUUCUAAAAUAUUGAUUUUGUAAUUGAAGUAUAAAAUAUGAAAUUUGACGUAAUGUUAGUGCUUAACAAAUAGCGAAAUAAAAUAAAUGACUCUCAAUUUCGAACAAUUCAAUCACGAGCGAUACCGGGAACGUUCAGAUAGUACGAUAACACAUUUAAAUUUUAUUUCUGUGGAAAUCGGGUCAGCCAUCUCUGAGAAACAUGAGUGUUAUUAAAUAGUCUCCAGAACACGUUUCUUUCCAUAACUUCUGAACCACAUGUUCAAUCUCCAUAAAAUGCAAAAGUUAAGGGUUGUUUAAGUAGCCCGUUCAUUUGAAACUAAUUUUGUACAAAUCGGUUGAAUAGUUUCUGAGAUAUUGAUAUUUCAUGAUUUCCACAUUUUGAUACAUAACCUCUAAACUAGAAAUCAGAUUACAAUAAAAUUCAAUAGGGUCUUAUAGGGCAACUAGACCUUUCAUUUGCAAUUUAUUUCAUUGAAAUCGGUUCAGCCAUCUCUGAGAAAAUCGAGUGAGAUUGGAAGAGCGUUACACACACACACCUGCAGAAAAUGCUCAGUUCGUCGAACUGAGUCGAGUGAUUAACGACAUUCGGCCCUUUUGAGCACCUUUAUACCUUUAGUUUUUGCAGUGAUUACUAUACCUUUCUAGGAGAAAAGCAAAAAGUGAAAUGAUAGAAAUGACUUUUAAUUUCAAUUUCAAUCCCGAGCAAGGCCGCAAACAUUGAAAUAGUACAUUAUCGAAUUUAAAUGAUUUUGAGGCCACAUAUUUUGAUCGUAGCUAUAGUUUCAAACAGUCGGUCAGGUUGCGUUUCUUUCUAUUUAUAACUUUCAAACCACAUGUUUAAACUUUAUGAAAUUCAUUGUUUAAGAGUUUAAAAGCCCAUUAAUUUGAAUACAACUAUGUUCAUAGCUUCUGAGAUAUAAGAGCGUUUUUCACAUUCUGACGCAGCGCAAAAACUAAAAGUUUGAUUACAAUGAAAUUCAAUAGCAACCUUAGCGGCAAAUAGACCCUCCAUUUGACACCAAGAUAGAAGGAAUCGGUCAGACCAUCUCUGAGAAAAGUGAAUGCGAAACAAAAGGUGCACAUACACACGUACACCCCCACACACAAACAUAUACACCUAUACAUGCAUAUAUGCAGAAAAUGCUGGAUUCGACGAACUGAGUCGAGUAGUAUAUGACAUUCGGCCAUUUGGAUCACUCAUCUACCUUUUAAUUAGCCAGUGAUCGUUAGGAGAAAGUCAAUAUGUUUAUUUUCAUUAAACGAUUUCACAUUUUUAUGAACAACGGACAAAGUUACAAUACAAAGUUACAAAUCUAUGGGGCAACUAGACCUUUCAUUUGACACUAAUUUUGUGAAAAUCGGUUCAGCCAUCUCUGAGAGAAAUGAGUGAGUUUAAACAACCUCAGGAUAACUUUUCUUUACAUAACUUUUGAACCAUAAGUUCAAUCAUAACGAAAUUUAAAAUUUAAAGGUUUUGGAGACAGCCCAAUCAUUUGAAACCAGUUUUAUUGAAAUCGGUUGUGUGGUUUCUAAGAUAUUGAUGUUUCGUGAUUUUUACAUUUUGAUACAUAACCUGUAAACUAAAAAUCCGAUUACAAUGAAAUUCAAUAGCAACCUAUGGCGCAACUAGACCUUUCAUUUGCAAUCAAUUUCAUUAAAAUCGGUCCAGCCAUCUCUGAGAAAAGUGAGUGAGAAAAAAAGUUGCACAUACACACACACACACACACACAUACACACAUACAUACAUACAUACAGAAAAUGCUCAGUUCGUCGAAAGGGGUCGAGUGGUAUAUGACAUUCGGCCAUUGGGACCACUUUUAUACCUUUGGUUUUUCCAGUGAUUGCUAUACCUUUCUAGGAGAAAGGCAAAAAGGUGGAAACUUCGUAAUUAUUUUUUUCACAAUUUAUAGACGUAAGACACCCGGAAAAUAGUGAGAGAUGAAUUUUGAAGAAAAUAAACCAAGAAAUCCAGAAAAAAUAUUAUUUUUGACCGGAAGUGAUGCCAGAUAGAUUAUUUUUGUAUUUUAAAACUAAAUUUGCACUUUUCGGCAAAUGCAGCUAAGUUUAUUUCAAAUUUGAUGGUUUCAUCGUAUUUCUUGGAAAAUUUUACGUAAGAAAAACUUAUCAUCUCGUGGUAAUAUGAGCCAAUCUCGAGAUAUAGCAUGUUUACGAAAAUAGUUCUGAAUUUCGUAAUGGAAAGGUACGGACUGCGCCUGCGUCUGUCGUUUCCAUUUUUCUCCUUCAGGUAACUCGCUACUGGGUUGUCUGGGUCUAUUUGAACACAGAACACGGUCGAACUGGAUUGGAGUUUCUACGAACGUGUCCUUUUUUCUGUCGAAGCACUUUCUGCUCGGAAGCCAUUUCUAUAACUGCUUGACAAAUAGUGACGCACAUGUAAUCAUUACACUCUAAACUAGUUGUGCUCAAAAUUUCAUCAAUUUCAACCCAUACAAUACAAAGUUAUACACAAAAGAAAUUUCGCAUUUUUCGAAUACAAUGAUAAACCUGUUGAAUUACGUAGUGCUCAAAAAAUAACAAAACUGGCAAUCAUGUACUGUUUUUCGUUUUGCACCAAUGUAUUCACAUACGAGUGAGGAGAGGUAGUAGUGUCAUCUAUUCUGCUGAUUCUGAAGGCUUUAAUGGAAUUUCACCUUAAAAGAAUUCAGUGGAAACUAUUUCUCAACAAAUCAAAAUUGAUUUUAAAGCAACUGUGUAUGUCCAGGGGUGUUGGGGUAUAACUGCCUUUAUUGGACCACUUAGUAGCGUAGCUGCAAAUUUUGCAUGAAAAAGUGUAAAUAUCUAAACUGAAUUAGGUAUUUCAUUAUGUAUAAACAAGAAGUAUCAUGUUUAUCAUAUUUUCUGCAUGGAAUACAACUAGAUAAUACCUCUAUUCACCACAACAAUUUUCAAUUUGGGCCAUGUCUAAAUAAAAGAUCUCUUUAACCGUAGCCGCCGCUGAUGAAACUAUCCAGCGAACAAUUGAAUCCUCUUCCGCGGCAGUCAAUGCAGUUUUUUACCUUUUCGUGGUUUUCCUGACCACUUACUUCUUGCACGGAACAUUACGGUGGAUCGUGGAACAUUGGAGCGCCUGCAAGCUUCUCAACUCGAAACAUCACUUUUUAUUGCUUGAAGACACUCAGUAACAGCUGCUUCAGUGUAUUGUUUACCAAUUUCCGGCGUUUUUCCCAUAUUAGCAGCAAUUUUAUACAAUAACACGAUCAUAACAAAUUUAUGGUAACUAUGGUAACUAUGAUUCGCGGCGUUAUUUCGAUGACAUCUCUUGUUCGAAAUGAAGCAUGCCGGAAUAAGGGAAACAGUAUUAUUUCUACCCUUAAUUGGGCCAAUAUUUUUUUCAAUAUUUUAAGUGUUUUUCUAAUAACAUUACUUGCUUAUCUUUUAAAAACACUAUUAUCCUACACGUUCAUCGAAAAUCUGAUUAUUUUCGCUCGGAAAGUGUGAUGUCAGUACAGUUUUUGGUAAGGCCAUUUCCUAUGAAAACGUUAACGAACCAUGGCAAAUCAGGUAGCUGUUAUUAAAAGACAUUCUUUGAAGCUUUAAUGAAGAAUAUUAUAGUAAACGUUGGUCAUUUCUAAUGAAGAACAUUAUUGAAGUUGUCAAAGCAUAAAUCAAAAUAAGUAUAUUUAUAAUGUGUAAUUUGGUGUAAGAAGUUUAGGUGGUCCACUAAAGGAAGUGGUCUAUAUUAAGCAGAUCUACGUCGGUGAAUUUAGUAGAAAUAUUAAACAGUGGUCGAGCAGGCUGCCGAAAGUGAGCUGGAAGAAGCUAGUUCUUGAUUGGCUGAGUGUUGCUUGACUCCAUUGAAGCAGACAGUGCAUGUAGUUCCUGGAGCGAAAACUACAUACGACGUAUUUGUUCAUAAGACGUAUUUGAACAUAUGACGUAUUUAUAUGUCAAAUAUAUUUAAAACAAGAUAUGACUUUUUUCUGGAACAUAACAAGUUCCACAAUUCACCGAUCAUUUAAAAAAUUUUUCACUAUUACUGCCUAACAUUUGCAUUAAAAAUGGAUUUUUUUCAGAUGGUGAUAAAAAACUAAGCCAGUUAAUUGAGUUUGAUAAAUAUCCCAUGUAAGUUAAUUAUAUUGGCUCACUUUAUAAAAAAAUCUACGGCCUUGUGAGCGGUUUUCUAGCAGCUAACCGGAACAUUCGCCAUGGCCAUGGCAGACGAAAACAUGCUUGUAGGCAUGUUCUUGAGUUCUUUUUCUUCGUUUUAUUUAUCAAUUUCUCUUCAGUUUUCGCGACAAAAUUUUUGGAGUUGAUCUUACGCUUCAGGUUUGCCCAUAAAUUCUCGAUGGGACGCAGCUGGGGGACGUUGGGUGGGCUCACCGACUUGGGUACCACAUCAAUAUUCAGCCGCUUAAUCUCUUCCAACGAUUGCUUCAAAUAAUGAGCCGGCACCAGAUCAGCCUAGAACACUGCGUUUUCGUAUUACUUGAUGAACGACGCAACUUCCGGCAUGCACUUCGUCUUAUAUCGUCAGUUGAGUUCAAUACUGACACAACUCAAAAUUUUGUAGUUUUGAGUUAUUGAUGGCAAACGAUGUCAAAUACUAUAAAGUUUCACCUCACAAAGACCCGUUUUAAAAUUCACAAUGAUUCCAGAAAUAUGAGUAGAAGUGCCUUUAUUGCACAAAUCUAAAAUAUCCCUAAAAAGACGGAAAAAUGAAGUUACAACUCUUAUCACUUGCUUAUUACAUGCACAUGAUAGACCCGAACAAGUACAAUUAAAAUGUGAAGCCUUAAAAUUGGAAUUUUUCACGAAAAUGAAAAAAGAAAUUUUCGACGCAAAUUUCCAAACGCGUUUUUCUCGAAACUAUGAAUUUUGAGUUGUGCCAGUUUUGAAUUCAAUUGACGAUAUGUUUCCUCGUUCAUGGCCAGUCCAGAGCAAAAAAAGAGCGGCUUUGAUAUCCCUUUCUCGCUAAUUGUCAACCACAGCAGCACCUUCUUGGAAAACUAUGUGUGUUCAAUGAACUUGACCUCGGAGCUCACUUCCUUCGUUGGGCAAGUAAAAUACGAAGUGCCCUGCCAGUCGUUGCCAUCCAUGGGGAGAUAGGUCCCGUCGUCCAUCACCACCGCCACGUCGCGAUUCACCGGUAAAAUCGAGUUAUUCAGCUGCUGCCGCUGCGUCAUUACCUGCAGCUCGGAGAUCAGUGGACGGGACUGCCGCGUCCUGACAUGUAAUUCCAUGUUUGCCAGGUAGUCGCACCGACCUCCCGGCCAAGCGUACCCAGCGAUGAGGCACUUUUCCCUCGAUCUUCCUCUUCAGCAUAUUUUAUAGCUUCUGUCGCACAGGGUCGUCGGCCAUUCAGAACCGGGCUUUCGUUCAAUGCAUGUUUUGAUUGUUGUCCAAUUGUGCUAAGACGUUGUAGAUACCAGAACAAACGUAUCCGGCGCCCAAAAACUGUUUUCGACGCGAUGAGGUGCCGUUUUUUGAACGCACACACUUUCGAACGGAGUAGCUUCACUGUUUUCACCAUCACGGUUAGAGUUCGACUGAUGAAGCCGUCAAUUUUUUUCUGCUAAUUCAUGGGUUACUAAGAUUGAUGGGUAGUUUAUUCAGUGCGAACUAUGGUAAAACCAUGAAAAAUCGGCAGUUUUUUAACAUUUUUUAUUCAAAUGUUAUAGUACCAAUUUGAGCACCGUUUAUUCAGUAAAAGCUUAGAUUUUAACGCCACAUAUCGUCAAGUCAAGAAAACAAUCACUUUAAAUAAAUAAAAGAUGAACAUUCACUUUAAAUAAAUCCUAAAUUCAGACAGUUUUAUAAGUUUUGUAGACCACUGAAAACGUGUGCCACAUAUUUGUGAAUUAGUUUUCUUCUUUCAAGCCUGAAUUGAUGGUUUUGACUAGUCAUGUGCGCCGCCGACACUUUUACGCACGCCGCCGCCGCCGAUGGUUUUGAGUCGACGCGUCGCCGAAGAAAUUUUUAUCGCGCCGAUAGUCAUUUUUUUGCUGGUUUUUAAAUUGCAUGUCUACUUGAUUCUUAACCAUUCCUAUUUCUUUUUUUGACAUCCUGUCGACCCGGAUGAACAUAUUUUCAUUUAUUUAUGUUGGAAUAAAAAACCGAACAUGAGAGUGUACACAUUAUACGCAAUGUUUUAGAAGUGGUAAUUAGUGUCACGCCGGUAUACGCCGCCGUCGCCGAUAAAUAUCAAGGGCGUUACGCCGGCGCGCCGAUCGCCGCCGAGGUAAAAUUUUUUCUACGUCGCCGCCGCCGAUGAUAUGGUCGGCGCACAGGUCUAGUUUUGACUAUAUUGUAACACCGUUUGUAAUCUAGGCAAAAAUGAAACAAGAAAUUGUUUUACAGUUUAACCACAAUGAGGGUUGUAAGAACUGAAAGUUUUCCUCGUUCUCACCAGUUUUCAUUGAAAAGUUAAUGCAUGUUUUAUACUGACGUUUUUCCACGAAGGUAUUGGUAACUCUUGUGCGUUAGUUUAUCACACAAAUAAGUUGGAGAAAUGAGUUAUUACUGAAUUUUUUUCAUUCAAUUUGCGCUGGUUGUUGGAAAACGGGGUGAUGAUUGUUUUUCAACUUCGACUAUCACAGUUUUUAUGAUUUUUAUUUUCGUACUACGGAGCUGAUUUUGUUACAUGGACGAUUCAAGGCCAAUGCUCAAUUCCAUAUUAUUUUCAUGAGAGAUUGGAAGGUCUCAUCACGCAGACUCCUGCUCUAUUCCCUGAAGAAAAUCUCGAUAGGAAGUUUUGUUUUUGCAUACCAUAGUUUUUACUCUUUUUUGUGGCCUGGGUAUCUGAUACUCUCCAUAGCUUUGAUUUUUAGCUCUUGAUUCUAUGGGAAGCAGUGGAAAGUCGUUACGGUACCAACGGAGGUUCUUUUAUCUUCUGAAAUCGGUUUACUUUUGUAUAUUGAAGCAUGUAUUUCGACAAGUUUCUAAAGAUAAACAAAGGCUAAAUCCAUCAUAUAUAUACAUACAUACAAACUUUGCCACUGUUUAAAGCAGGGGCACCUUAUUCUCAGUAAAAAAUGCCGUUUUAGAGUAACCAAUUACGAUUAAGACUCGAAAUUUUGAUAAAAUUUAUAGAACUAGAGGGAAAUUCGCAAUUUUCUUGUAACUAUCAUGGUAGCGUUUGUGGGAAUAAUGUGACAACUGGUGAUUUGCUUCACCUUGUCUUUCAGGUACUUUGGCGCUCGCGAUACUGCUUCUGGCGUCAUUCAUUCUGAGGAUCACUUUUCAAAUAUGAAAAAUAGAAUUGAAAAUGAAUAUUUUUCCUAAAGGAAGUAUAGUAUAGAGGUGACAUGUCAAUAUUAAAUGAAUAUCGUUUUGAGACUAUGUAUUCUGUACGUUUUGUAGAACGUUACUCAAAAUGUGGCAAAAAUUUCUUAUUUUCGACAAAAGUUUUUGUCGCAAAAUUGAUAUUUUCCAAGUCAUUAUUUUCUUACAUAUCAAUCUGGGUAGAGAUGCGUUCAUUAAGCUCCAGAGUAUAUUGGUGAAUAAAACUCAUUGAAUUGAAAAACCUUCUCAGCUUUCACAGAAUAAAAAUAUAUGUUUUAGAUGAUUCAGAAUCACUUUGAAAUAUAUUUAUUUUACUUCAGAGCACAUACAAUAUUGUUACCAGUUUGUCAAUUGACUGCCUUCAUAACUUUGACAGGGAGCCCUAAACAUUUUGUAUAGUUUACUAAAUACAAAUUUGCUUUGGCAAUCAAUUACCUUGAUUGGAAAACAGACAAUCCCCUUUGUACUGCUAGUGUGAGACUUUUUCUAGUAUCUAAAUACCCGCCAUCAGCGAACAGUUUAGCCGGUCGAAUCAGAUCAGCGCCAUAAAUUGACCAUAGCAAAUUCUAGUGUCCGGCUGGUUUAGUACGGCUUCCCGUUCCUUUUCCACCCAAUUAAAGCCUUCGCCACUCGAGUCAAUUUAUGGAAUUAUUCGCUCCAUAAAAAUCUCAAGAAGUCAAGCGCGGCGUGAAUUAUUUACACUUAUUAAACUCCCGGGGAUGGGCGACAGUCGCGAUUGGCGGUCACUUUCAAUUACUCGGGUGUUCGGCUUCGUUCCCGGUCGUCAACAAGACGCUAUAAAGUUCAAUUAAAACCAAUCAACACGCAGUUUAUAGAGGCAGUCGUAGACAUAGACGCAGACUGCGGUGGAAUCGAGUAGGAAUAAGCGACUAUGAUUGUUGUUGUUUUUUUUUUUAACUGCAACUACUGCAUUUCUGAUCAGCUUAACCGAAUUAACGAUAAUGAAGAUUCCUAAUUUAGGUGAAGCACCAACAAGCGUGGUCGUAAAGAAUCACUAAGUAAUAUAAAUUGCUACUCAACUGCAAACAAAACGACAAGCCGACACAUUAAACAAUAGUGAAAUAGUCUAUUAAAUCGUUUGAAAAUUCUUAGUAAUUUUUUUGAUUUUUUUAUCGAAGUUUAUAACUCAUAUGAAAGUCAAACAUGAAUUGAUGAUCUUCAGAACAUAGAGACAGUCUAAAAAUAUAGAACAAAUGCUCACGAAACGGAAAGCCUUUUGCAAGAGAUAUUAAAUAAUAUUUUCCUAGCGAGAAAGAUAGAAGAGAGAAAGGCAGGUAACAAAUAUAAAAGUUGGAAGAGAACAUAAAAUACUAAACGUGUACUAGCUGUGAGAAUUCUAGAAAUUCGGUUCCACUGAAGUGACCGAAUAUGCAAAGUAAGAAAUUAAAUUGUUAUUUUCUGCGUUUUUUUAUAAAUGUGUAAGUCGACCCAUCAGUAACUACGGCGCAUCAGGCACAAAAUCACAAAUCGAAACUAGAGCAGCACUCAUAGCCACGAAGAAAAACAAACAAUAGAUAUAUUUUAUGUGAAACAGAUUGUACGAAACCAUUGAAAAAAAAAUCACACACAAAGACAGAAUAAUUAGUCAUACAUAGAGAGAGAAAUUUUAAUCACUUCACCGCAGUCAUAAAUCUGCAACGUAUGGAUACGAUGUUCUGAAGAGAAGAAACUUGUAAGACGAACUACCAAUUUUGUGUCGGUAUAGCAAAAUAAACACAGCCAUUGAUGAGACGAAACUUCUAUAAAUAUUGUAAAUGUGAAUAUACUGUAUAUUGUACAAAGUCAGGUGAAGCAAGUAUGUAACUAUAGGAAUCUAAAAUAAUCUUUAUUUUAUGACAAAAUUUGCAUUUUAUAAAUGAAGAAAAAUAAUAAUUUUCCGAAAAUUA